AUGGGAUUUUUCAUCCGUGAUCUCCGCUACAACAUCGCUAUGCUUCAUACUCAACAGUUUGCUGCAUAUACAACUUCAAAUUCAUAUACUGUUUAUCAUGGUCAAGGACUGUCGAAGACUGAUUUUGAUCGUUUAGUGAAAAGCAAAGAUGGACUUCUAUCAUUUAAUAAUUUUUUAUUCACUAGUAUUCGCCCUGAAGUACCCUUUACGUUUGUUCGUCAAACCAUAGAAUCAUCGGAUCUUGUUGGUAUUUUAUUCGUCAUGAGAAUUGAUCCAUCUAUUACAUCAACACCAUUUGCAGACGUCCGUGAUGUCAGUUAUGUCAGAGGCGAAAAACAAAUUCUCAUCUCCAUUCACUCUGUCUUUCGAAUUGGACUAAUGAAACAACUUGACAGAUAUCGUCGUCUUUGGCAAGUCGAUUUAACAUUGACCAAUGACAACGAUCCAGAACGUCAAGCACUUACUGAACGGAUCCGUCAAAAGAUCCAUCCUGAUGCUGUAGGAUGGUACCGUUUGGGUAUGUUGCUAAUUAAGCUUGGACAGCCGUACAAAGCCCAGGAAUUAUAUAAUAUCUUGCUUAGACAAGCAACGACUGAUCGAGAUAAAGCAUAUCAUUAUCAUAUGCUCGGCAUAGUAAAGGAAGAUCAAGGUGAAUAUUCAGAAGCCAUUGGCUAUUAUCAACAAUCCAUUGAAAUCAAACAGAAAAUUCUCUCACCAACGGAUGUCGAUUUAGCUACUGCUUACAGUAACAUCGGUUUGGUAUACAACUACAUGAGUGACUAUUCGAAUGCGCUUUUAUUUCACCGAAAAGCAUUGAAAAUUUGGCAAAAAACUCUUCCUUCAACUCAUCCUGAUUUAGCUACUUCUUACAAUAACAUUGGUUCGGUUUAUAUCAAGAUGGGUGACUAUUCCAAAGCAUUUUCAUUUUAUCAAAAAGCAUUACGAAUUCGGAAAAAAAAUUUGCCUUCACAUCAUCCCGAUUUGGCCAUUUCUUACAACAACAUUGGUUGGGUGUAUGACAACAUGGGCGAUUAUUCAAAGGCACUUUCAUCUCAUCAAAAAGCACUUGAAAUUCGUCAGAAAAAUUUUCCUUCAAAUCAUCCAGAUGUGGCUCAAUCUUAUAACAACAUUGGUUUGGCGUAUGACAACAUGGGUGACUAUUCGAAUGCACUUUCAUAUCUUCAAGAAGCACUAAAAAUCCAUCAACAAACUCUUCCUUCAAAUCAUCUUGAUUUGGGCACUUCUUACAACAACAUUGGUUCAGUGUAUGACAACAUGGGUGACUAUUCGAAUGCACUUUUAUUUCAUCAAAAAGCACUGGAAAUUCGCGAAAACACUUGUCCUUCAAAUCAUCCUGAUUUAGCUACUUCUUACAAUAACAUUGGUUUGGUGUAUGACAACAUGAGUGACUACCCGAAUGCACUUUCAUAUCUUCAGAAAGCAUUAGAAAUUCACGAAAAAACUCUUCCUCCAAAUCAUUCGAGUUUGGCUAUUUCUCAUAACAAUAUUGGUUCGGUAUAUGACAACAUGAGUGACUAUUCGAAGGCACUUUCAUCUUAUCAAAAAGCACUGAAAAUUCGCGAACAAAUAUUUCCCUCAAAUCAUCCUGACUUGGCACAAUCUUACAACAACAUUGGUUUGGUGUAUGACAAUAUGGGUGAUUAUUCGAACGCUCUUUCAUCUCUUCAAAAAGCACUAGACAUCUACCAAAAAGCUCUUCCUUCCAGCCAUCCUGAUUUGGCUACAACUUACAACAACAUUGGUUUGGUGUAUGACAGUAUCGGUGACUAUUCCAAUGCACUUUCAUGUCAUGAAAAAGCCUUGGACAUCCGACAAAAAACUCUUCCUUCAAAUCAUCCUGAUUUCGCUCGAUCGUACAAUAACAUUGGUUCGGUGUAUUUCAAAAUGCACGAGUAUUCGAAGGCACUGACAUACUAUGAAAGAGCACUAGAAAUUCGCCAAAGCAUUCUUUCUCCAAAUCAUUUGAGUUUGGCUCAAUCUUACAACAAUAUUGGUUCGGUGUAUUUCAAGAUAGGUGACUAUCCGAAAGCACUUUCGUCUCUUCAAAAAUCACUGGCGAUUCGACAAAAAACUCUUCCUUCAAAUCAUUCGAGUUUGGCUCAAUCUUGCAAUAAUAUUGGUGCAAUUUAUGACAACAUGGGUGCUUAUUCAAAAGCACUUUCAUAUCUUCAGAAAGCACUCAACAUUCAUAAAAAAACUCGUCCUUCAAAUUAUUCGAAUUUGGCUACUUCUUACAACAAUAUUGGUUUAGUGUAUGACAAUAUGGGUGAUUAUUCAAAUGCACUUUUAUACCUUCAAAAAACACUAGAAAUUCAUAACCAAAAUGUCUCUUCUUCAUAUCAUCCUAGUUUGGCUACUGCUUACAACAACAUUGGUUUGAUAUAUGACAACACCGGUGACUAUUUGAAUGCACUUUCAUAUCAUCAAAAAGCAUUGAAAAUCAAACAGAAAACUCUUUCUCCAAACCAUCCGAGUAUGGCGCAAUCUUACAACAACAUUGGUUCGGUGCAUUUCAAGAUGGGUGACUAUCCGAAAGCACUUUCAUAUUAUCAACGAGCAGUAGAAGUUCGCCAAGGAAUUUCUCCUUCAAAUCGUCCUGAUAUGGCUCAAUCUUAUAACAAUAUUGGUUCGGUGUAUAUCAAGAUGGGUGAAUAUUCGAAUGCACUUUCAUAUCUUCAAAAAGCAUCAGAAAUCCAUCAACAAACUCUUCCAUCAAAUCAUCCGAGUUUGGCUACUGCUUACAAUAAUAUUGGUUUGGUAUAUGACAAUAUGGGUGACUAUUCGAAUGCACUUUCAUUUCAUCAAAAAGCACUAGAACUCUAUGUACAAACUCUUUCUUCAAAUCAUCCAAGUUUGGCUACUUCUUAUAAUAACAUUGGUUCGGCGUAUAUCAAAAUUGGUGACUGUUCGAAUGCACUUUCAUAUCUUCAGAAAGCAUUAGAAAUUCAUGAAAAAACUCUUCCUCCAAAUCAUUCGUGUCUAGCUACUUCUUACAACAAUAUUGGUUCAGUUUAUGAAAACAUGGGUGAAUAUUCGAAUGCACUUUCAUUUCUUCAAAAAGCGCUAGAAACUCACCAACACACUCUCCCUUCAAAUCAUCCGAGUCUAGCUACUUCUUACAAUAACAUUGGUUUGGUGUAUGAAAACAUCGGUGACUAUUCCAAUGCACUUUCAUCUCAUGAAAAAGCACUAGAAAUUAAACAGAAAACUCUUCCUUCAAACCAUCCGAGUUUGGCUCAAUCUUAUAACAAUAUUGGUUCGGUGCAUUUCAAAAUGGGUGAGUAUUCUAAGGCACUUAUAUACUAUGAAAGAGCAGUGGAAGUUCGCCAUAAAACUCUUCCUCCAAAUCAUCCGAGUUUGGCGCAAUCUUACAACAACAUUGGUUCGGUAUAUUUCAAGAUGGGUGAUCAUUCAAAAGCACUUACACUUUUUGAACAGUCUCUCAAAACUGUAGAACAUUCAUUAUCUGAAAAUCAUCCAGAUAUUCAGUUAUAUACAAAGAAUAUCGAAUAUUUGAAAAAGAAAAUGUAA